AUGGAGCUGGCAGACAACCAGACAGCCAUACAGGCCACAGAGAGGCAAGAAAAGAAGCAAUCAGCAGUCAGCCUGCUCAGCUCAGGGGGAUGGGACCCCCGAUCCGCAGGCAGAUGGGGCGAGGUGACAUCGCGGAGGGGCUUCUCUUGGGCCGCGGGAGGUGACUACCCCACGUAUAGCGGAUGGCUGAUGGCAUAUGUCAACCAAGGGUCCAGCAGCGUCUAG